CCGCAUCGCCGCCGGAGGAGCGCGCGGGCGCGAGCGAGCGACCGAGGGAGGGAAGGGAGGAAGCGAGGGAAGAGGGCGUGCGGCCGCGGGGUCCCGAAGCCAGGCAGCGGCGGCAGGAGGGCGCCGGGGCCGUCGAGUGGGCUCAGGAGGAGCGUGCACCGGGCAGCCGGCGCUGGCUCCCGCGGGCGGGAGACCGGAGAGGAGGAGGAGGAGGGGGUCGCCGCGGCGCGGCAGUCCGCGCAGCUCCCGGGUCGGGGUCUCCUCCCGGCGCCUCGGUCGCCCUCGGGGCCCCGCUCCCCGCCCCCCGCGGUAUGUCUUGAUCGCGAGCAGCGGGUUUCAUGGGGCUCCUCAGGAUUAUGAUGCCGCCCAAGUUGCAGCUGCUGGCGGUGGUGGCCUUCGCGGUGGCGAUGCUCUUCUUGGAGAACCAGAUCCAGAAGCUGGAGGAGUCCCGGGCGAAGCUAGAAAGGGCAAUUGCAAGACAUGAAGUACGAGAAAUUGAACAGCGACAUACAAUGGACGGCCCUCGGCAGGAUGCAGCUUUGGAUGAAGAAGAGGAUAUCGUCAUCAUUUAUAAUAGAGUUCCCAAAACUGCGAGCACCUCGUUCACCAAUAUCGCCUAUGACUUGUGUGCAAAGAAUAGAUACCAUGUUCUUCAUAUCAACACUACCAAAAAUAACCCAGUAAUGUCAUUGCAAGAUCAGGUACGCUUUGUAAAGAAUAUAACCACCUGGAACGAGAUGAAACCAGGCUUCUACCAUGGACACAUUUCUUAUUUGGAUUUUGCAAAAUUCGGUGUGAAGAAGAAGCCGAUUUAUAUUAACGUCAUCAGGGACCCUAUCGAGAGGCUAGUUUCCUACUAUUACUUUCUGAGGUUUGGAGAUGAUUACAGACCAGGAUUGAGGAGACGGAAACAAGGAGACAAAAAGACCUUCGAUGAAUGUGUGGCAGAAGGCGGCUCCGACUGUGCCCCAGAGAAGCUCUGGCUGCAGAUCCCCUUCUUCUGUGGCCACAGCUCCGAAUGCUGGAAUGUGGGGAGCAGAUGGGCUAUGGAUCAAGCUAAGUACAACCUAAUUAAUGAGUACUUCCUGGUGGGGGUUACCGAAGAGCUUGAAGACUUCAUCAUGUUACUGGAGGCAGCUUUGCCCCGGUUUUUCAGGGGUGCUACAGACCUCUACCGAACAGUAGGAAAGAAAUCUCACCUUAGGAAGACCACAGAGAAGAAACUGCCCACAAAGCAAACCAUCGCGAAGCUGCAGCAGUCUGACAUUUGGAAAAUGGAGAACGAGUUCUAUGAGUUUGCACUGGAACAGUUCCAAUUCACCAGAGCCCAUGCCGUCCGUGAGAAAGAUGGAGACCUCUACAUCCUGGCCCAGAACUUUUUCUAUGAAAAGAUCUACCCUAAGUCGAACUGAGCGCAGCCGUGGCCAGAGCCUUCCAAACCCAAACUUGACUCUGGCGCAUUCCGUGCUCCCAGCUUCCACCUGCUACUGUGUGUGCGAGCCUGGUCGCUGACCUGCACUGGGGAGCAGACAUGAAUGUCAAGAAACAUCCUGGCUGGGAUGUCGGCCUUAUAAGGAGUGCUUACGUUUCAGGCAUUUUUAUUUUUGUUUUCAUUUUCACGAUAGUUAUUAUCUCCUCCCGGUUGCGGUGUGGGGGACCUGGCAUUGCCUACAAUACACACAUGCAAACACACAUGCAAGUUAGCCAGAGGGCUGAAUUCCACUUCAGAAGAGGUUCUGAUUCUCUUGCUUUCGAUAAGCAUUUCUUUACCUCUCCUUGAAUGAAGAUGAACCCAUUUGCCACUCCCCUUCUGGAAGUUUGUGUGCACAGCUGUGCUGGAUAGUGCUAAGAAGUGUUUGACAGUUUUUGUUUUUGCGAAUCAUGUUUAAGAAAGGCUAUUGCAGUGUUUGAUCAUGUUCUCUCAGAUCUAUUUCUGCUACAGUUAGGUUUGCCCAUAUUUAUAUAGGCUUUUAUUUUAUGAUCGUUAGUGUUAAAAAAAUCAACUUAAAACCAGUAAUAAUAUUGUAAAAAGAUAAAGCAGUUAAAGCAGUAUUCCUGAUUCCUAUCUCCCCAGUAUCUGAUAUUGGGGUGAUAUUUAUAAGAAUGUUGACAACAUUAUCUGAGGCUUUCUUAAGGAUUUCCACACAUUAUCCAAAAAGUAAGUUUAGUAUUUGUUUUUCCAUGGCUUAUCUGUAACCCUGUCCACUGAAAUAUCAGUGAUUCCAUAUGGCGACUCCCAUCUGUGAGCUGUGAUAUGGGUAGGAUUUUCCUACUUCUGUACUUUUACCUGUAGACUAUUUUUACUAUGGUGCUUUAUAAUGUGUUUUAAAGCAUUGCAUUUACAAAAGAAAAAAUGAAAAGGCUGUAAAUAUUGCAUAUUUUAUGUAUUUGGACCAAAAAGUUACAAGUAAGUAGACAAAAGUGGUUUUGCACCAGUUUUAUUAUGUCAAGUAAAGUCAUCAGACCUACUAUUCUUGUAUUUCUCAUUUAAAUUACUGUUAUGAUGUCAUAGAAAUGAACUAACGUAGCCUUUCAAUUUUGAUAGAAAACAUUACUCGCCCUGAGGCAAUAGUGAUAAUGGAAAAAAUACUGGACAGAGUCUAAGGGUUUGAUUGCUGGUUCCAGCUGUGUUCCUUCCUGCUGUGUGAUGUUAGGCAAGUCACUUACCCUGUUUGCCUCAAUUUCCACAUCUUGAGAUUAGGAUACUAAUACCCGCUGGACCUACCUCACAGGGCUGUUGUGAGGACUAAGUAAGAUGGCGUGGAUGAGAGCACUUUGAAACUGUCAGUGGUGUUUAAAUGUAAGGUGUUGUCAUAGAGGUCUCUCUAACAUAGUUUCAUACUGCCCAUCCUUUUAACAACAAAAAGGGAAAAUCCACUUUUAAGCUUUAUAAGAAAAAAAACCCUUUACCUUGAUAUAAAUUUGUGUUUGAUAAAUAUCUUCUCAGUGUUUUAUCUUCUGUGUUUUAGCAACUAUUGAAAUGUGAAACACUUGUAAACUCUAGCAACUUGGGUUCUUCUUUAGUUGAUGAGGAGUGGGAAAAUCUUCUGCAAACUUGAAAGAUGUUCUUGUCUUUAUUUGACCUUUGUCAUUCAAAAAUGGUGGCUAUUUUACACCUAUGCUUGUUAAAAUAUGUUUUCUAGAGUUCAAUUCCUCUAUUAAUUCUUCACCUCCUUCUUCAGAUUCAGAAUUCAUAUUCCUCUCAGACAUACUUUUCUAAAGGAGUAAUUACUUGUAUAUUUAGUUUAAAUAAUUUCAAAAUAGGACCUCAUCAAACAAAGCAUUUUUAACAGAAGGUUUUGAAGUUUAUUUAUUGUGUAAUAAAGGGAGCAAAAAAACACUGCAUAUCAAAAACACUUACAGAGACUAAAGGAAUGAUCACCCUGUAUCACCCUGCCCUGCCAAUCUGAAAAUGUUAAGAGAACAUGGCCACAUUUUUCCCUCUCCCCCUUUCCAGUGAAAGCUAACAAGUUGUUUUCCUGCCCAGAGCUAAAGAGCUACUUCCAAACAGGUUAUUCUUGGGAGUCCACGAUAAAAUCUUUUAGGUGAUUAGGGUAGCCCUUAGUACACUAACUGGGGCGUUCUAUAAACUGUUCUCUUAAAAGACCCGAGUAAAUACAUUAGGUCUCUGUGACAGCCAUUCUUAUUGUUGCAAAGAAGCUGUCACAGACAACGUAAAAACAAACGACCGUGGUUAUAGCAUAGUAAAACCCUUAUUUAUAAAACAGCGGACAAAAUAGAUAUGGACCAUGAGCUGCAAGCCCCUGCACUGAGAGAUGGUCAGAGAGAAGCCAUGUCUGUGUCUGAACCAAAUUCCCCAAAGAGUUCGUGUACCUCCCACAUCUCCCAGAUUACGAUCCCGAGAACCGCUUUCUGACUCAGUCUCUCCCACAGAUUAUUCCAUUUUAUGUACAUCGCUUCCAGGUGACCACACUUUCCUAGUUUACCAGUUCAAAAUCGGGACUUUUUUUUUUUUUUUUAUCACUUCUGGGGGUGAAUAUGUUCAAAGUGUCCUUUCUGGAGACUGAGAAAAGGGUAGAUUUGCUUCUGUUUGAUUCAGUAGGAGUCCUGGUAGUCUGAGUCCUGAGAGUAUAUGACUUUACAAUCAAAUCAAUAGACCCACUGAGAUAGUGUGUGAUUUUUAAACAUGGCAAAGGUUAAUAGCAAAGCAAAUUAACCACUUUGAAUUUUGAAGAUAAUGUAUAUGUGUAUAUGUAUCUAUAUAUCUAUGUUUAUUUCCUACAAAAGAAGAGGUAGCUUUGUGUUCAACUUGUACCAACUGUUUUCUUAUUGCUGUGAAAUGGCAACUGUUGAUAAGCCACUGUGUUUUAAAAUGUCCUGGGGAGGAUAUAUUUUAUUUUACCAGGCUUUAAUCUGUAAAGUGUCACUUAAAUACAUCUGAUAGCAACACUUGAAGUACUGCAUGGGAGCUGCUUCUGUGUCCCGCAAUACAGUCACACAGUCUCAUGUCCUGCUGCUUCUGGACUCCUGGUGACUGGAUUUAAAUUACCAAAACCCACAAAACUGAAAGUUACUGACUUCUUAAACGACUAGCUUUCCUUUCUAUUCUGAAAAUUCAGCUAACCCCUAUAAUUUAAACCCUAUUGAUCUUCCUCAUUAUAUAUCCUGUUGGAAAUUCCUAAAAUUGUCUGCUCCAUCAGGGAAUUUACCAGAGUAUUUUGAUGUUGUAUUUGCAUAGAUAGAUAAAAAAUAGUUUGUAGAUGACAAUUCUCUCUUUUUUAAUAAAAUGAAAUUUUCAAAAAAAAGUCUAAAAGCACUAGAGAACUUAACUAACGCCCAGUUCCCUAUUGCAUAGCUGGUGUUCCGUUUCACAUUGAACUUCUGCUCAGAGGCCGUGUAUGUAAAUCGUUUUCAGACAUAGCUGUGGUCCCAGGAGCCUUUAUUAUGGGACUGUGGUACCUCCGCCUUCUAUGAAACUUGUCUCUUAGCUCGAAUGCUUCUGCUUCGUGAUACAUCAGUGCCCUUGCCCUUGCCCUUGCUGGGUCUUUGCAUGCUUGUACCCUGGGCAGAGUUACUGUGUGCGGGGCAGAGUGCUCUGUGGCAGUCUCCUGAGAGGAGAGCCCAUUCCAAAAGUGCUUCUACCUUGACUCCCCAGGAAUGCAGCUUCCUGAGCAGGAAUUUGAGGAGUCAGGUGAUCAUUUGGUCAGAUUCAUCCUUCACUUUAAGGUCAUGUGGUCUGGGAACCUUUGUAGCGCUAGUUAUGAAAUGAACCCUGAUGGUUAUGACCUGUUAAAAUGAAUUCUAGUGUCCAUAUGACCAGACUGCUGCAGCCUGCCGGGAGUGAGAUGUGAGCAUCUCCAAGGCAGUGUCCAGCGUGGUUUAGAGAAACAGACAUGGUAAUUGGGACCUUAGCUAAACAGCGCCUGUCCACCCCCUCCUUCCCAUUCCUCUGACCCCUUCCCACUCUCUUUCCCCCCCUUACCCUGCCCUCUCUACCCGCCAGGAUAAUUUAUGCUAGACUCUCCAACCUGAAACCAUUUUGUCACAUCUCUUGAAGAGAUGUUUAUCCCUUUCCUGCAGUGCUCUUGUAGCCUUUUGCUGUUGCAGUGUUUCAGUCUGCUACCUGGAGCAGAAGCUAUCGGAUCAACAGUGUGGGGAGUGGGGAUGUGGCAUGGUGUCCUGACUUAAUAUUUUCUUCUGCAUUGAUGCAUUGAUUUCUAAAGUGGCCUUGUGUUCAUUGUCAUCUGAUAUCUCAGAUAACUGUCACCAGAAAGUCCUACGUCAUCACCCAUCUGCAAAGUCUUCUUAAUUUGUGACAAGUUUUUAUGCAUAUUGACCUCUGUUGCCUUUGUAUUUAUUAGUCAUUGGUGUUGACAUUUCAGAUUGGAGAUGUAUAAGGUAUUUAUAAAUAAACAGCUAACAUGAGGAAAAGUAAAAUAGGGACAAGGCUGUUGGGGUAAGAGGAGGUGGGGUCAUGAAAAGGUUAGCCCUUGUGGAACUCUGUCCUUAGGGCAUGAUGUGGCUGACACAUCUUGAAAACAGCAGCAGUGCUACCAUAUGAGACCCUCACAAAUUUAGCAUUUUGCUUGUUUUAAGAUUUAUUAAUUUUAGCCAGGCAUAUAACCUCUGAGUAUAGGCAAAGAGGGAGGCAGAAGCAGGUGGAUCUCUUUGAGUUCAAGACCAGCCUGGUCAACAAAAUGAGUCCAGGACAGCCAAGGCUACACAGAGAAACCAAAUCUCAAAAAACCAAAAUCAUCAUCAUCAUCUCUUGAGUUCAAAGCCAUCCUAGUCUACAGAGUAAGUUCCAGAAUUACACAGUGAGACCCUGGGGGAAAAAAAAAAAACAAGAAAUAAAAUGUAUAGAUUUAUCUGUUGUGGUGGUGCACGCCUUUAAUUCCGUUUAAUUUCAGAACUUGGGAACCAGAGACAGAUAGAGCUCUGAACUCAAGGCCGCCCUGGUCGACAGUUUCUGAACAGCCAGUGCUACACAGUGAGGCUUGUUUAUUUUAUGUAUGAGGGUCUUGCCUGAGUGUAUGUAUGUGCAGCCUGUGCACACCUGAUACCCACCAAGAUCGGAAGAGGGUAUCAGGGCCCCUGGAACUGGUGUUUUGGGUUGUUGUAAGCCACCGUGCAAGUGCUGGGAACCAAACCAGUGUCCUCUGCAAGAGCAAGCCAAGCCAACUCUCCAUUCCUGAUACUUUGUCUUUAAAUUAAAAAAAAUAAUAAGAUGUCUUUGGUUUCUUUGGUGGGUAUGUGCGUGUGUGAUGCUGGGGGUGGAACUUGGGUGUUCUGCAAGAGCAGCAAGUGAGUUAACCCUUCAGUGAUCUCUCCAGUCCCAAGAUCACACUUUGAACAUAACUCCUUAGAAAGAAUGAGAGGGUAAUUAGAGCCUCACCUGAGAGUCGAGCUUCUUCUUGCCUAUCUCUCCAUCCCAGCUCUAUGUGGGAGAUUAUAGGAUGCUUGGUAGGUCGUUUAACUGGAGGGGGUACCCCACCUAGCCAGCCUUAAAGAGGUCACCCAUAUUGUGGCUGGACUUUUAGCUGGUAUACUGUUGGUCUCUCAGGUCCCUGUGGGUAAGCUGAAUAAGCUUGCUGGUUCACCAAGCCCUUUCAGAUUUAGAAUUUCAGCUACAAAGUCGUGAAAACAAUAAGAAACAUUGGUCAGUACACUCAGUUCUGAUCUCGCCAGUGAGCUGUAUUCUCACCUAGGCACCAAGUCAACUGGAAAUACAUACCUAAUUAAUGUUAAAAUCUGGUCCUUAGAAUCCUUGUAGAGCCAAUAUGCACAUGAGCCCAGUACCUAAAGGUUCAAGUGUUGAUCCUACAAACAGGAGUUGAUGUAUUUCAUGUAGCAUCCCUAGGAUCUGAAAUGUUUGUGGCAAUAACAGUCAAUUUGUAUAUAUUGUGUUGAAUCUGAUAACGUCCUCUUGAUAAUGUAGCUAGAUUGGGCCAUAGGAAAUGUAGAGUAUUUUCAGACUUUUAGGUGUUCUGUAUUGUUCUAUUUUUAAGCUUCUGUUAAUACUGACUAGUAUUCUGUUAAUACUGAAAGAACAAUAUAUAUUUGUAGAUAAACAACCUCUACAGUAAUUUCAUUUGAAGUUGGCCAAGCCUUCAGAAAAUGGCCAAGAGGGGAUAAGUAGCAUUAUUCAAACAAGAGGAACCAAAGUCUUAUUUUUUUCUUCUUUUAAAGUAAUUUAAAAUUCUCCAGAGGGUUAGUAAAUUGGGUUUCUUGACAGUGUGGUAGUCUGACCAGAUUGUGGAGCCUAUGAACAUUGGGGCUUGGGCUUUGGAUCCAUCCUGGGCCUGUUUAGAGGAGGCUGUGGCUAUUAAACUCUCUUG